UGAUGUGUUUGCAUGUGUAUGAGACUGAACCAGGAUCUUUCUGAAGAAGCUUUAAGAUGAAAUUGCUGAGAAUUUUUGCCUGAAGCAAGGGAUGUUUCCCCUGUUUAAGACAAGCAGCAACCUGCUCUCAGAAGGAAGAAGGGACUGAAUUCACUCCAGAAGUAUUUCUCGGACAUCUUUUUUUCAAGGGACCAAAAAAGGAGAAGACGGUGAGGAGAAGGCAAGAUGGUCCCAAGAGGCUCUGCUGUUGGCAUCUGUCGUUUUCCUUGGAACAGGAAUCUGAGGCUUCUCGGCGCUGAGUGCUUCUGUGCCACAUCUACUACCACACCCUGAAAUCAAACUCGGCAGCUUAGGUGAACCAGGCACUGUACAAACAUGUCAGACUUGCCUCCACCCCUUUUUCUUCUCCCACUUUCUCCUGCCGUCUUUCUCUCUCAAGUUUAUCGGCGUGUCAGCGGAUUCCGGUGGCAGAACAUUCCCACCUCACCUCUGGUUACGGAGCAAUGAGGAGUCAGGGGGACGGUUCUGGAAGGGAAGAAAACCCGGGAGCUGGAUUCCUUUGGGAAGGAGUUUACUUCAUCUUUACUCCUAUAGCCCAGCAACACCGUCCUCCAAUCGGCUUUGCUGCAUGACAGUGGGAGAGUUUCCCUCCAGACCCUUCUUUCUCCUCUCACUUGGAAUUGUCCUCUACCGGCACUGUUGCAGCAGGACUGCCAGACGUUAAUGCUUUAAUGUAUUUGGGGACAGAGUACUGAAAAAAACCAGAAGAGAAGUUUGUGGCUGGCAUCAUGUUCCGCAAGAAGAAGAAGAAACGCCCAGAGAUCUCGGCUCCACAGAACUUUGAGCACCGUGUCCACACUUCAUUUGACCCAAAGGAGGGCAAAUUUGUGGGCCUGCCGCCUCAAUGGCAGAAUAUUCUAGACACGCUGAGGCGCCCCAAGCCAGUGGUAGACCCUUCAAGGAUCACAAGGAUGCAACUCCAGCCUAUGAAGACUGUGGUGAGGGGCAGCACUGUGGAAGUGGAAGGCUAUAUCUCCGGGAUACUCAACGACAUCCAGAAGCUUUCUGCCAUCAGUUCGAACACUCUGAGGGGAAGAAGCCCCACCAGCAGGAGGAGAGCGCAGUCCCUUGGGCUCCUGGGGGAAGACAGACCCCCAGACAUGUAUCUUCAGAGUCCUGAAGCAGACUGGGCAGACAAAUAUGGAAACUACCUCAAUUGCAAUGGUGGGACCAAGGUGACCCGGAGGCAGACUAUGUGGCCAGAUUACAAACCCCGAUUGGAAGGACAGUCUCAUCCCAAUGGUAUGGUAAUGAAAGCACAGUCCCUCGGGCCUUCGGAGUUCCAGGGUGCUGACGGUAGCUGCCUCCAGCGUGCCUCUGGUUUGCAGCACAUGCCAACUCUACCGGGGGAGAGUGAGAAGACGGGAAAGAAGACCUCAGAAGAGUGCUGGCCUCAGCCUUGUCUCGUACGACAGGCAAACUCCAGGCCCUCAGGGGAGGGCAGCCCUAGCUCCAAAUCAAGAGAGAACAGCUUGAAGAGGAGGCUGUUACGCAGUGUUUUCCCCUCAUCCAGCGGCUCAAACAAGUCAGGCCCUUCCCUGCAGAUCAAGCCUAAUGCUUUCUUCAGGCCCCAGCAAUGGGGUUCACCACGCAGCCCUGCAACCAAAGCCCAGUCUCUUCCAUCAGAUCAGCCUGCAUCCGAUUUCCCCAGGAUGAUCUCAGAAGCUGGAACCCCCCAAAAAUCACCAACAGUGGAGAAGGCAAUUGCACUGCCACAAGGCAGGCCAUCACCGGCAGGGUCUCCCAGGAACCGGCAGACUCAGACUAGUUCUAGCAACCUUCACCUUCCCCAGGACUCUUCUGUGAAAGGGCAGCUGGCCAGUGAGGACCCGGUGGUUGUGACUCAUGAGCAGUUCAAAGCUGCCCUUAGAAUGGUUGUGGACCAGGGGGAUCCUCGGACAUUGCUGGAGAAUUAUGUGAAGAUUGGUGAAGGGUCCACAGGUAUUGUCUGUAUUGCUCGAGAGAAGCACUCAGGGCGGCAGGUGGCAGUGAAAAUGAUGGAUCUGAGAAAGCAGCAGCGCCGGGAGCUCCUUUUUAAUGAGGUGGUGAUAAUGAGGGACUAUCAACAUGUCAACGUAGUGGAGAUGUACAAGAGCUAUCUAGUGGGAGAGGAGCUCUGGGUGCUGAUGGAGUUUCUGCAGGGGGGAGCCCUCACAGACAUUGUAUCUCAGAUCAGGCUAAAUGAAGAGCAAAUUGCAACAGUGUGUGAGUCAGUGCUGCAGGCUCUGUCAUAUCUUCACUCUCAGGGCGUCAUUCACCGAGACAUUAAGAGUGACUCCAUUCUUUUGACACUGGAUGGAAGGGUCAAACUCUCAGAUUUUGGCUUCUGUGCUCAAAUCAGUAAAGAUGUACCUAAAAGAAAGUCCCUAGUAGGUACUCCCUACUGGAUGGCUCCAGAAGUUAUUUCAAGGAUACCAUACACUACCGAGGUGGAUAUCUGGUCUCUGGGGAUCAUGGUGAUAGAGAUGGUGGAUGGAGAACCCCCCUAUUUUAGUGAUUCUCCAGUCCAGGCAAUGAAGAGACUCCGUGACAGCCCUCCUCCCAAACUGAAAAACUUUCACAGGACCUCCCCAGUUCUGAGAGACUUCUUGGAAAGGAUGUUGACACGGGAUCCGCUAGAAAGAGCAACGGCACAAGAACUUCUGGAUCACCCUUUUUUGCUCCAGACAGGACUUCCAGAGUGCCUGGUCCCCCUUAUCCAACAAUACAGAAAGCGUACCUCUACCUGCUGACUUUACAUAAGGGGAAAUGCUAGGAAAAAGUAAAGUUUAUUUAAAAAAAAAAAAAAAAAAAAAAAAAAAGAAAUCAAGAGACCAGGCAGUCUCAUCCUGUGAAUGGUGCUUGGAACUUGUCAGCGAUCAUUUUAGAGGAUGAAUGUGAAUACUGUCCUUGCAUUCUCAGCCUUUUGUGGCUUCUCUUUUGCUGAAGACAAUCAAUACAUACAUACAUACUAGAUCCAAAUAAGACCAAGUAUGUCUCAAGAAUAAAGCAGGUGUUUGAUGGCUUGUGGAUCACUUUAUCUGAAGAAUAGCAUUUUAAAGUGGAGUCUGAAGUUGCAUAUCUGAAUGUCUGCAAGUUCCUGCAAACCUUGGCUGCUGACUACUGAACUGGAACAAUUCCCAAUCAGAAAUGUGAUCUUUGUUUCCUUAGUUGUACACUGGAGUCUUGAGCUGACUCAAAUGUACAUUUUGGGGCACAGACCCCUUUAAACUCUCAAACAAUGCACAAAGACUUGGCAAUUUUUUCCUCUGAGACUUUUUCACAGAUGAUUUUAAUUUCCUUUGGUUAAGUGUGGACCUAGAAAACUGUACAUAUUUUCCUAGGGAGCAGAUGUGAUAUGUAUAUAUUUGUUUCUAAAUGGCUCUCUUGCAUCAACAUGCUUCUCUUUUGCUGAGGAAUAUGUAUGGUUUAGUGGUCAAUCUUGAAUCCAUUUCAUGAUCUUAAACUUUUUUUGGGGGAAACCCUUGGAUACAGGCCUCAAAACAGACACUGUGAAGACAGGUGUUCUUGCCACCAGGAUCUUGUGGUUGAAAAGUCACAAUAUACUACACCUCCAGUGCUGGUUGGAAUGGCUCUCUGAAAGCUUGUGUUCCUAUGUUUGGUUUCCAGGCGCCUGACUUUGCAAGUCCUUUCUCUCAAGAGAGCCUGAGAAAUGCUGCCCUGAGACAGUUGUUGGGUAGCACUUUGGGGGUGCUCUAGGAGACUGAAUGAAAAAGUUUCAGCUGUCCUGUAUAUCCCUGGAGAGGUUUUUGUGCUCGUGUGAGGCGGUUUGUUAGGCCUCUGUCUCCCCUGCUUGCUACUGCAGAACAUGGGGAGAAGAGAAACUUUUGCUGUAUGUUUUGUUAUUGGUAUGCCCUUCCCCACCAUCCCUUUGCCAAGACAUUUGGAAGGUUACUGGUUGUCUAAACAGCUCUUUCAGUUAUUUAAAAAUAGAUUUAGACAUUUUGUAUGAUACACUCUCUGAUCAGUGAGAUAGUCAAGGUAUUUGGACUCUAGGUCAGGAUGUAACAUUGUACAGUAAUGGUGUGUAUUGUUGUGAGGUCUCAAGAAUAUAAUCUUACAUGUGGAACUGGGAUCCUAUUUUGAAACUCCAGAUAGAAAUUUAUUGGAAUUUAAGUUAUUCUUGGGACAGUCCUACUGGCUCAGAAACUAACCUCAUAAUUGCAUUUUCUUCAGAAGAUGUUAAUAAUCUCUAUCCUCUGCUAUUUACUCCAGUUACAGAUCCUGCUUCAAAAUUGAAGCCACAGUUGAUUACUUGAAGUAAUUUGUGACGGAAUUCAUCUGCACUGAUGCCAGCCAUCAAAUGGUGGGCACCCAGUCUGCGAAGCAUAUAGGUUGGCUCUGUAGACCAAGGUGAGAGGAACACCUCCGGAAGGUGGUUCAUCUCCAUUAUCUCAGAUACCUGCUGAAGGAUGAAAUCGCUCUCUCUCGAUACCACUCGGCCUGUGGCCAGUAGAGGGAUCGUAUGUGGUUUGCCUAGACUGGAUGUCUAAGUUUGGGGCUGAUGAAGUUGGUUGAAAUGAAUUCAUUUAGCUCCUCCUUAGCUGCACUGGAAAAUUUUUGAUGUAAAAUGUUUCUGUAUUCCAGAUAUACUGCUUUUUUUUAUGCAAAAGAGCAGGGCUUUGAAAAGAUUUAUAAUUUGAAACAAACGAUCCUGCUCGUCUGUAGUUGUGAAUCCUUUGCACUUGUGUUUUAAAUUAAAGUAGAUCUUGAUUUAUUCAUAA